AUGACUCCAGAGACAACUACAUCACCUCCAAAGUCCACCAACACUGGAAUGGGAUCAUCAGUGUCCCCGAGCCCCAGGGACACAGAUAGGACCAUGACCACACCUUCAAUGGCAUUUAGCACACCAGAGGAUGCUAUCCCAUCAUCUGGAACUGGGACACCCACUGUUCCUGAGAAGUCAGCUUUAACUCCACCCUCAUCAACACUGGACACAGUCAGUGACACAAGCAAACCUUUACCUGUGACAACUUUGACAGUUACAAUCACCUCUUCACCAACCACAGACACCACCCCAAGGACCACUGUUCUAGGCACAGCAACAACUGAGGCUCAGGAAAAGAACACUGCAACUGUACCCCAAUCUCCGGCAACAAUCCCCCCAACCAGCAAGCCACCAGACACACACCACAGCACAGUCACACAGACACCUUCCCAGGCAGCACAGACUGCUUCAGAUGUUAGCAUGACUCCAGAGACAACUACAUCACCACCAAAGUCCACCAACACUGGAAUGGGAUCAUCAGUGUCCCCGAGCCCCAGGGACACAGAUAGGACCAUGACCACACCUUCAAUGGCAUUUAGCACACCAGAGGAUGCUAUCCCAUCAUCUGGAACUGGGACACCCACUGUUCCUGAGAAGUCAGCUUUAACUCCACCCUCAUCAACACUGGACACAGUCAGUGACACAAGCAAACCUUUACUUGUGACAACUUUGACAGUUACAAUCACCUCUUCACCAACCACAGACACCACCCCGAGGACCACUGUUCUAGGCACAGCAACAUCUGAGGCUCAGGAAAAGAACACUGCAACUGUACCCCCAUCCCCGGCAACAACCCCCACAACCACAGCUAUUGUCCUUAGGUCCUCAGAGACAACCAAGUCCUCCACUAUGAUUGGGACCAAUCCAGCACCCCUGAACUCCAGCCAGAGUCUGGAUGGUGGUGCCUGUGCUUUGGAUGAGUACCCACACAGCACCAGAGGUUGUAUGUGCAAUGAUAGUCACUACUCCCACUUGGAACUAUCCAGGGAUGUAGCGACCUUGCGCUGCAGACCACAGGACAUUGAGGUGGCUCUGAAGAGCUGCUUCCUGAAGACUCACCACUGGGUCCUGAAGGACGAUGCCUUCUCCAGGUGUUUCAGUAUCAAUACCAUCGAACAGGGUCGCCGGGUCCAGGUCUUUCAGUUGGAGAAGAAGGAAGGGGCUUGUGGACUCCACAUCUCUACCAACGUCAGCCAUGCCCUGCACUCUCUGGACGUGCACCUUGAACAGGCUCUCCCUGGCUCUCCCAGCACUGGCUUCAGAGUGCUCCACUUCAGCUGCGCCUACCCCCUGGUGGUGAACGUCAGCAAGCCUGUCUCCUACCAGGAGACCUCCAUUCCCACCAUCCACAUCCCCAGUACGGGAGAGACCGUCAUCACCCUGAGCAUCUUCACAGACUCUCAUCUCUCCACUCCACUCAAGAACAGUACAGCUCCUGUGGGCAUGCCCCUCUAUGUGGUCCUCAAGUCCACCAGCAGUGAUCCUGGCCGAUUUGCCCUGGUGGCUAAUGAGGUUUUUGCCAGUACCGAUCUCUCCAACACAGUGACUAAGGCCACCUAUCAUUUUGUGAAGGGAAGCUGUCCAGUCCAGGGCCGGCUGCUCCAGGACUUGAGCAAUGGGGCCUCCAGACAAGUGAUACUGGCCUUCACUCUGUCACGAUUCUUGAAUAGUGACACACUCUACCUGCAUGCCCAAGUGACCCUCUGUGACAAGCAAGCGCCCCGCCCAUGCCAACCGUCUUGCAGUGGGAAGAAUCCCCGGAGGAGAAAUUCACCCUGGGCCUCUCCGGCUAAGACCCGUCUGGAAGAUGGUGAUAGCAAGUGGAUCGUAUUUGGACCUCUCCAAAUAAGCGCACCCAGAGCCUCCAGCAGCAGGAGCAGAGCAGGAGCCUGGAUGUCCGUCUUGCUCUUGAUGCUGAUAGGCCGGAUGCUGGACUAA